CCGCGCUAGCUUCAUGGGUUGGGCAGAUAAAGCUAUAUGGAAACACGUCACAGGGCUUGUAGGAGCGACGCUUCAUAAGUGAAGACACAGAGAGAAAGACUGGAGAGACGCGGGAGCAACCUGUGUCCACAAAGCAGGAGCGCACCUCAAGAGCGAAGACACUUCAACAGCUGAUAAACUUAUGUUACAUAUAGAAUUUGAAAAAGAAACGAAUAAUGAUGAUGAUAAUGGUGGUUUCAUUCUAACACAUGCAUACUGGUGUGUCUCUCUUUUUAUGUGAGAUCUGUGCUGGUUGGAUGAUGCGCUUCUGACUUGGAUUAACGCGCGGUGGUGAAGGACGAUUCUGCGCACUUGGAAAAGAAUUAUGUAAGGUUGUCCGGGCAUCUUAGACUGCAGCAUUACCCUCAGACACAGUCAUGAAAUCUGUGCUGGAUGGUGUGGCGGACACCACCUUCCGGACUAUUACCUCUGGUUUACAGUAUCUGGGCUCCAACGACGCUAACUAUGACGACCCCCUCAAUGAUGUAGACUUCAAGGCGGGUUUCUCUCUGCAGAAGCCCUUAUCUGCUUUCCGCAGCAACUCCUUCCCUAACAAAGUACCUGCGGAUGAGGAGCUCAUCCUCAAGGGCAUCCCCUUCUACCCCACCAAUGCCACAGACUUGUUCGGCAACAGGAGCACAUUCAGAGAUGAGACUAACAAUAUACAAUGUGGGGAGAACUUCAUGGACAUGGAGUGUUUCAUGAUCCUGACACCCAGCCAGCAGCUGGCUGUGGCUGUGAUGUCUCUGACUCUGGGUACCUUUACAGUGCUUGAGAACCUGGUGGUGCUCUGCGUCAUCUUCCAGUCUCGCACCCUCCGCUGCAGGCCAUCCUACCACUUCAUUGGCAGUCUGGCUGUGGCUGACCUUCUUGGAAGUGUCAUAUUUGUCUACAGCUUUCUGGACUUCCAUGUCUUUCACAGGAAGGACAGCCCCAAUGUUUUUCUCUUCAAGCUGGGUGGAGUCACGGCAUCGUUCACUGCCUCUGUGGGGAGCCUUUUCCUCACUGCUAUCGACCGCUACAUCUCCAUACACCGGCCUCUUUCCUACAGGCGCAUUGUGACACGGACCAAGGCUGUCAUUGCCUUUUGUGUGAUGUGGACCAUCUCCAUCAUCAUCGCAGUGCUGCCUCUACUGGGCUGGAACUGUAAACGUCUCAAUUCUGUUUGCUCAGACAUAUUCCCUCUGAUUGACGAGAACUAUCUGUUGUUCUGGAUCGGUAUAACCAGCGUGCUGGUUCUUUUCAUUAUCUAUGCCUACAUAUACAUCCUGUGGAAAGCACACCACCAUGCUGUGCGCAUGCUGAGCCGCACCUCCCAGAAGAGCCUUGUUGUUUACUCAGCAGAUGGGACUAAAGUGCAGACCACGCGCCCUGAGCAGACACGCAUGGACAUCCGUCUGGCAAAGACCCUGGUGCUCAUCCUGGUGGUGCUGGUCAUCUGCUGGGGCCCACUGCUUGCCAUCAUGGUCUAUGACCUCUUCUGGAAGAUGGACGAUGACAUCAAGACGGUAUUUGCAUUCUGCAGCAUGCUCUGCCUGCUCAACUCCACUGUCAACCCAAUCAUCUACGCCUUGAGGAGCAAGGACAUGCGGCGCGCCUUCCUCAGCUCCUGCCAUGCCUGCAGGGGCAGUGCCCAGCAGUUGGAUAAUAGCCUUGAGUCAGACUGCCAGAACAGAAAUGCCAACAUUUCUGCCAACAGGGCUGCAGAGAGCUGUGUGAAGACCACUGUGAAAAUAGCCAAAGUAACAAUGUCUGUGUCAACUGAAACUUCUGGAGAGGCUGUCUAAUUGGCCAUCACGGAAGAAACUGUGUAAAUGUCAUCCUCCCCAAACAAUGCCAUUCAACACAAUAAAGCAGACGUUAGAUAUCCCAGAGAGAAAAAAAUACUCUCCUGAAAGUAUUGACUUAUACAUCCUCACAUAGACGCUUUAAUGGUUGCAUUAUUUUGCAUUGGUUUGUGAGUACAUGGUUUGCCAAAGUGCCAAAUGAUAUUGCAAGUUAAUAGGAACGACUCACGAUUUGAAAGGAUUUAUCAAAGACUAUCAAAAGUCUGCUGUUUACCAUAGACUUAGUGAUAUCCAGUUAGUGAAGGCAUAUUAUAUUUUUUUACUGUGAAUUCAGGUUUUGAAAACAAUAUAUCUUCAUUUAUGGGAUAAGGGGCUACUGACAUUUUUAAUUCGAGAUGUUUUACUGUGUCAUCUAGAAUGUGUCUUGCACCAGACUUUCUACAGGCUUUAUGUUGCAUACAGAUAUUUCUAGGAGGGAAUGGUAAAGAAAAAAGUUCAAAUGACUGAUUGUUUAUUUCCAAAAUUACCAUUAAACAUGUCACUUUUGUACUUCUUUAUGACAACACUCAGUGGGUGGCAAAAUGUGUUAAGAGAUUUGAGAAAUGCAAGGUGAUUCAUGCUCAAUAUAAAGAAAACAACAACAACAACAACCAUAUUUAUCACUAUCUGAGAAAUGAGAGGUGAUUCAUGCUCAAGAUAAGAAAACCAUAUUAAUCACCAUCACAAAUAAACUCUAAUAAGAUGGAGGUAAAUGGAUUCACAGCUUCUGAGUGUCAAAUCGGGAAUGGCAUUUUCUGUGGCAGUGACGAUCGUCCCUGUUGUCCAUUUCUUUACCCCGCUAGCUGUUAGACGUUUAGAGUAAUGUGUCUUUGUUCAAAUGUAUACCUAACAACUGUACAGUGUUUUCUUGCAAAAUAACGUGUUCAAAUCCACUCCUUCAGCUAUACAGCCAACAUCAACAACAACAACAACAACAACAACAAGCUUUUGACCAAAGCUUGAACACAUCAAAACUGCAUUUGGACGCAGUGUGCUGGUCACUACUGUAACAAACUGAAGUGUUUUUUGACUAUAGCUGCUUUCAUCAAAUGUAUGAUUUUACUGGAUUCAGCCUUGUAUGUGCGUGAUACCUUGUGACUUGGUGAUAUAUUUCCAACCCCAAGCCGUUUGAUCAUUGCAGUGAGUUGUUUUAGUGCUACUGUUGCAGCGGGGCAUCAUUUAGGAAAAUAAAAGCAACCCAUGCACAGGCCUAGUGAAGUACUUUUGGCGUAAUUCUAAAUACAGAUAUGUCUGCUGUUAAUUUUACUUAUCUAAACAAAUAAACAAGGGUAUUUUCAUUAGCUGGUAACUUGGAUGGAAGUCUGUGUGUAUGCAUUGUGUGGAUACCCGACAACGGAACUUGUAAAAUAAUCUAAGAAGAUGUGUUUUUUUCUAGUAGAUGAUGUAGUACUUUUAAUCUAGAAAUCUCACAGCACAAUUGUUCUCUAGACAUUUAUCGUGUUGUAAAGUUAUCCAGACAGCUGUUUAUCAGUAUGCUUUGCUGCCUCUUGUAUUAUUGAGUAUUGAAGAUCAAAAUGUCAACUGUCAAGUGGCUUCUGUACAGUGGUGGCUUAAUGAGGACUUAAAAACCACAAUCAGUCAAGUGUUUUUAGUAUUGCUGUUUUCAAACUUUUGAAUAAAGUUGCAGCUGGUUGUCAUUUC